AUGCCUCCCAUCCGCCGCUACCUUCGCAUAACGAAGUUUUCCGUCCUCGAAGUCCGCAUAUACCUCCACAAGCCUUCGGACGCGUCAUGGCUUCUGUCAAGUCGAGACGAUGUCCUAGGCAAAGUGAUCCAGGAGGUCAGACCCAAGGUGUUGCCUAAAUUGCGAGAAGAGAACGAGAUCGCCAAGAAGAAAGGCUCAAAGAAGAAGCGAAACAUCAAGGACGUAGUCGCGACGCCAGAGUUCGAGGUCGCGAUCUUCCUCAAGGAGAACAGUACGCGACACAGCUUGCUCACCAAAGAGAAAGAGUUCACGAAGAAGGACAAGUUCAGGAGUAACAGUGGGAAGCUCACAGGCUGGCUCAACAAUAGCGAUAACCCCAUCAGGAUCGAUGAGGAUGAGGCGCCACCUGAGGCCCUGCAAGAAGAUGCAGACGAGGACGUCGUGGCGUUGAACGAUAUACCUGAAGCGCCCGCAAAGGAGAGAAAUGAUCAAGGCGAAAAUGACGACGAAGAUGCGCUGUUUGUCAGCUCUGGUGAUGAGGAAUUCUUUGCGACACAACGAGCGAAGCCUACGAAGAAGCGGAAACGUGAUGAGCGUGAGCGAGAGGAUCCCGAAGCUGGAGACGAGGAGGAAUCACAGCAAGAUGACAAGAAGAAGUUAGCACUGGAUACCUCAUAUGAUGGGUUCAGUAUUUAUGGCAGGAUUCUGUGUUUGAUCGUGACGAGAAAGGGGAAGAAAGCUGCGGAGGCGCCGGUGGGUGGGAGUCAGAUGAUGGAGCAGUGGGUUAGCACGCAGGCCACGCAGGAGGCUGGUGUUGGAGGCGAUGAGGAUGGAUGA